UGUGUAUCAUUCAACAGUAGAGAAUGUAAUAAAGUCUAAUCAUGAACAGAGCAACUUUAAUUCUUCUCAGACACGGAGAAAGUGAAUGGAAUAGUUCAAACAGAUUUUGUGGUUGGGUUGAUGUUGGUUUAUCUCCUCUUGGUUUUAAGGAGGCGGAAAUAGCAGGAAAAACUCUUAAGGAUGCAGGUGUACAGAGACUGGAGGUUAAAUGAGCGGCACUACGGUGGAUUGACUGGGUUGGAUAAGGCGGAGUGUGUCGUCAAAUAUGGAAAAGAACAGGUUGGGAUUUGGAGGCGAAGUUAUGAUGUCCAACCUCCAGAGAUGGAUUCUAAACAUCCGUUUUACUCUCAGAUCAUACAAAACAAGAAAUUUCAGGGUAUAUUAAGAGAAGAGGAAAUCCCCUGUUCAGAAUCCCUCGCAGAUCUUGUUCAUCGGACAACACCACUCUGGAGAGAUUCUAUUCUUCCAAACCUUGCUCUUGGUAAAACUGUUCUUGUUGUAGCACAUGGAACCUCACUUAGGGGUCUUGUUAUGCACAUAGAAGGAUUGUCAAGUGAAGAAAUUGAGAAGACGGAUCUACCCAACGGAAUUCCCUUCAUGUACCGGUACAACUCUAGUCUGGAUCUAGUAGAGAGAAGAGUGUACCUAGCAGACAAGGAUCAUGUACAGCAAGCAAUACUCAAAGUUUCCAAUAUCAACAGAUAAUUUGAUACUUUUGUAUAUUUGUAUAUUUGGAAUAAAAUUAUAUUUUUGUUUCUA